AUCUAGUCGGUCACACUUACACAGUUACACCCAUUCAAUUUUUUCUUUUCACAUAAAUAUCUUGUCGGUCAGUUUAAACGACACAAUUUUACAUCAAGUACUCCAAAACGACACCGUAUGUCACAUUCUUCAAUUACACUGCAAUCAACCCCUCCAUAACUAUUGUCAGAAUAUCUCAACUCUCAUUUCUCCUUCUGGUCUCUCCUUGUCUAUAAUCACCUACUUGGGAACAUCUCAAUCUUGGCAUUCAUUCUCAAUCUUCUAAGGUUUUUCUAUUUUUUCACUCUUUUUUCAUUUUUGUGAACGUUUUGUUAUUCAGAUUUGCUUGUACUUUCAGCAAUCAAGAUCUACCUAUUAAUCCCAAAUGUUGUUUUUUAACCAUUAGAAUAGAAAUUAACAACUAGAUCUUUAGAAUUUUGUAGAAAGUUCCAGACUUUGAAGAUUAUCUAGUUUUCAGCAAUCAAGAUCUUGUCAUUGAUCCUAAAUGUUGGUUUUCUACCAUUAGAGUUGAAAUUACCAAUUGGGUCUUUGAAUUUUAGUAGAAGGCUGCAAACAUUGAACCUGAUUUGUUCAAACCAUCAAAAUGGUUCCUCUUAAUGUAGAGGGUUCAAAACAAUAUUAUGCUACAAGUAGUCUUGUAGUUGGGUAUGCUCUUUGUUCAAGUUUAUUAGCUGUGAUUAACAAAUUUGCUAUCACUAAGUUUAAUUACCCUGGAUUAUUGACUGCUUUGCAAUACUUAACCUCAGCUUUAGGUGUUUGGGUUUUGGGGAAAUUAGGGUUUUUGCACCAUGAUACUUUCACUAUUGAAAAUGCCAAGAAAUUUAUGCCUGCUGCAUUGGUGUUUUAUCUUGCUAUCUUCACGAACACGAACCUGCUUCGACAUGCCAAUGUCGAUACAUUCAUUGUGUUUCGAUCUUGUACUCCCCUUUUGGUUGCCCUCGCUGAUACCAUGUUUAGGAAGCAGCCAUUGCCAUCUAAGUUAACAUUUGUAUCAUUGUUGAUCAUUUUGAGUGGUGCUUUUGGUUAUGUUGCUACUGAUUCGGCCUUUACAUUGACUGCUUAUUCAUGGGCGUUUGCGUAUUUGGUGACUAUCACUACUGAAAUGGUUUACAUUAAGCAUAUGGUGACUAAUCUCGGUUUGAACACUUGGGGUUUCGUGUUGUAUAACAAUUUGUUGUCAUUGAUGCUGGCACCUGUGUUUUGGAUCAUCACAGGCGAGUAUGCUGAGGUUUUUGAUGCCCUGGCUUCAAAUGCUGGGGAUUGGUUCAAUUCGACUGCAUUCAUUGCUGUUUCAUUGUCCUGUGUUUUUGGAUUGUUGAUUAGCUUUUUCGGGUUUGCUGCUCGGAAAGCAAUUUCUGCUACGGCUUUCACUGUUACUGGGGUGGUAAAUAAGUUUCUCACUGUAGUGAUAAAUGUAAUGAUCUGGGAUAAGCAUGCUAGUCCUUUUGGUUUGAUUUGUCUGCUUCUUACUAUUGCUGGUGGUGUGCUCUACCAGCAAUCGGUUACUGGUGCUCCACCCGCAUCUAAGCAGGUUGCAAAUGAGAGUGAAGCCGAGAAAUUUCUUAGCGAUGAAGAGAAAGGCAUUUCAGGCAAGAUAUCAGGUGUAUGAUGUGCCAUGUCGUUUCUUCAUUGAAGAUGAUUUGGUAUUUCCUCUUUAUUCUUGGAGAUCACACUCAAUCAUCACAUACUAAGGAAGUAUUAAUUUUAUGAACGAGAUUCAUAUUUUUAUCGUUUAAUGGAUUUAUCUUGUUAGAAUCUUUUUACUAGUUAUGUUUAGAUAGUAUUAGUAUACGGUAAUGUUCCCAUGAGCAGCGUAUUAAGUAGUAGGCAUAAGCUUGGGUGUAAGCUUAUCGUUGUGAUAGGUAAAGUACUUUCUUUAUCACGCUUUCUUUUUGGAAUGCUAGAGUACGUAUUAUUGUAUCAACCAUCAGAUAUCUAAAGUUUAGGAUGAAUUUUGAUUGUCAGUUGUGAUUGUCUGUGUUUUGAGACUUAUGAUGCUAUGUUAUACAUUUAUAUGCUAACUUAGUAUGCAUUCUUAUGUUUGAAGUUUAAUAGUAUUUGUAGUUUAUGGUAA